CUCGGACUCAGGAGGACUCACCACGCGAGCCUGUGCAGCCUGAGUUACUAUCAUACACCAAGUCUGCCUUGCGCCUUAUCUAUCAUCUGACGAUGGAAUCAUACGACAAACUUGCGUUGGAUGUCUUCAAACAGCUCGUAGGUGAAGGAUAUAUACCCGAAUCUGCCAUGAUGCAACAGGUGGAGAAAGUCCCGACCGAAGCCGAAGGCGCCCCGUCCAUCUCCGAUGCCGAACACUUCACUUUCGUCGUGAUUGGUACCCUCGUAAAGAUGUGUCUGCAUUACGGUUACGACCAACUCGCCCACGAUUUCAUGCAGUCGCUCCAAUCAACAGCCAUGUUCGACCCGGUCUAUCGAGCGGCUGCGAGUAAAGUCAUCGGGACCCUUUUAUUAUCGGGAACUGAAAAGGACGCCGAAUUGCUCGCCGGCCUUGUGACAUCCUGGGCUGCGGAUGUCGCUUCCGUUCAGCCUCUCCGUGACGAUAUCAUUUGGUUGCUGUACGACUUCUGCCAUCAUGUCCUGCGACCCGAUCUGAUCGCCUUCAUCCACGGGCGUCUCUCUACUCCCGUACUCGUGGAUGUGUACCCAGUACCUCAGAAUCACGCACUUGUUGCUCUCUUGACAGAGCUGAACCACAGAAACAAUAUCAUUCAAGCCCGGAACCUUAUACGAACCAUCUUUCGGAACAAUUAUCGUGUAGACCCCUUCCAUCGUGCCAACGUCAUAUAUCAAGCUAGCCAGAUGGGUUUUGCAACAGAAGCACGUGCUUUGUACGAAAGAUACGAGCACCGAGCGCACAGUGAGCGGGUGACCGGAAGCGCUAUGCUAGCAACCGAGCUAGUGGCACAUUUUGUCCGGAUCUCGGAAGACCAGAGUCAAAAAUUGGACAAACGAGCACAGGAUGAUGCACGAGCAUUCGCGCAGCGGGUGACGUCCAACCUGGUCGCGAGCAGAGCAGAAAUGGCCAAGAUACCACGAACGGCGCUGAAUGCUAUAGCGCACUGCCAUUUUCUCUUAGGCGAUCUCGAGGCCGGUUUCCGUACCCUUCGAGUGAUAUUGCGACGGAGAGAAGUACCGCAUGACAACGAUGUCAAUGUGUUGUUGACCGCGGCUGCCAAGUAUUCUCCACGAGCAGCUGUCACUCUCCUGAAGAAAGCACUUGACGACAACUACAGAGCAAGUGCCAGAGCCUAUGCAGUAUUGUUACAUUAUGCACGGAAGAGCGGAGACGAUGAAUUGGCGGAAGAAGUUCUGCGGCUAGCCGAGGAUAGAGGCAAGAUGGCGCACCUCGAUACGACCGUGAAAAACUCGAUGAUUCGAACUCAAUUGUUGCCUCUCAUUUCUGGUGUCAUACAACCCCCAGACACCGUGCGGCAAGCGCUCCAGACUAGCUUCGAGACGAUGACAUGGAUGAAGAACCAGCAUCGCAAGGUAAAUGAUUCUCUCGUUCAUCUGGCAAUACGCGCUGCAGUUGCAAACUAUCGGCUGAGUGUCGCGUUCGCAUUCUGGAACGACUUCUUCCGCGGGCGAGUCUUCGAAGAGAAUGAUCCAUGGUUCUCCUGGGAAGAACGUUUGCUCGUCCGGAUAGAGAGGGCCGUGCAGAGUGGGAAACUGCCCCGCGACAAAGGUUUCGCCAUGUUGAAUCAGCUGAAGGAAAAUGGUAUAACCCAGGGUUGGGUAACGGAUGAAGAAGGAUUGAAACGUGAGAUAAUGCCUUUCGCAUUACCGCCGUUACCCGCUCAAGAACCCGACGUGGGAGUACAAUCAGGCGACGAGGCUCGUUCCCAGCAACUUCCAGAUCAUUCCGCAGACCCAGUCAUCCCAGGCGAUGUUGCCGACGUCGACACCAUGAAUGACAGUCUCUUACAAUAAUUGUAACCGUGUAAUCUUAAUAAAGCCGUCAGUCAUAUGUUAGAUUUACUCCUGGGGUUAGAGUAGAAGUGCUUGUUCUCAGACGC